GAAGAAAUGUCUAGAAAACAAGAAACUAAAAAUAACACUUAUUUGUUGUUUUUCCCGAUUAUAUAAGGUUGUAAGGAAAUUAUUGAAUCAUGGUACUUUUGCCGUGUGCUAUAAAUACUUUAAGAAGGUGCAUAUCGCAGUCGCAGCGCUUCCUUCAGAACUACAGGGAUUUUGUAAGAGGAUCUCAAAAAGCGGCAUUUAGUUCAGUAACUACCCGGACGAUACAUGAUGUAAAUACAAAUGUAAUAAAAGAUGUUAUUUUAUUUAAAUAUGAAAAUCCCAAGUUUUAUAUGUACAUGAACGUUUUUGCAGUCGUCCAAUAUAUGUUUUGGUCGUACUUAGGUAUAUUUGCAUUUUCUUCGUUGAGGGAUGCUCCGGUGGAUGAAUCUAAGAUCACAGAGGACACCCCAUGGUUUAGAAAGAUAAAUUUAGGAGAAAAUAAAUAUAAAAAUGGUUUAGGAAUAUUAUCUGUAGCCAUUGGCACAGGUUCCUUAGCAAUCAUAUGGAUGUACACAUUAAAAUCAGUUAGAUUUCUAAUCCUUAACAAAGGUGGGAGGCAUUUAACAUUUGUCACAUAUUCUCCAUUUGGUAGAAAUCGUAUAAUAAAGAUACCCAUUGAGAAUGUAUGCUGCAAAGAAAACAGGUCUAAUGCAAGAGUUCAGUUGCCACUUAAAGUAAAGAAUCAAUGGAUGCAUUUUAUGCUUGAUAUGAGGGGAGAGUUCAGGAAUCCACUGCUAUUUGAUUCUACUGCUGGAUUGAUGAGGAGAUGGUGAAUAUCAACAUGCAGUAGGAGGCUGUGCUGUGGAAUGGCUAGAACAUCUUCGAAGAUCCAUUGGAGUGACAGUUCUCACUGACUCAUCAAGUCAGGUGAAUUUAUGCUCUGGUUUCAAGUUUGUUCUCAUAUUCGAAUAGCAUUUAUUCAUUUUGUAAAUAAAGUAUAUAGUUAUAUUGUUUA